AUGUCGCAACACUAUCAAGGCAGCUCGCGUCUGCGGAAAGCUCCACGGAUGAACAAGUGGCAAGAAGAGCGACAGAAGGAAGAUGAUCUGAUAGCUCCAAUUGGCGUUUCUGGAUCCACUCACCAUCUUGAACGGUGGGCUUUAGUGACGGCGGAUAUGCCACAACAGCCAACCAAGAAAGCCAAAUCGCGAGAAACCGAGGAAGAAACCCAAGAGCGCAUUCGAAGAAGAUAUUAUUUUCCUAGACGCCUUUGGCCGACAGCUUCGCAAGACGACCCUGAACCUGUGAAUGAGCGCACCGUGGUUCAUUCCACAAGCGACGAUGCGCAACCAAAAGCUCUGAGCCCCACGACUACCAAGAAGCGCCACCACUCACCGUCCCCGACUCGAAACAGCUUACGCACCCAUCUCAGUAGUGUGAGCUACGUCCAGACUAUUAAGCGACGUCGUUCAAAGUCGCCAUCGCCGAGGAGGUCUGCUUACUCUGCCUUCAGCACCCAAACGUAUGACGCAAGAGCGCUCAGUACAGCAGGGUCUGACGAAGAGUACGACUACUACCAGUCAAGUGAAUGGAGCUUCCCAAGUAGCGAUGAAGAAGACGAAGAGAUGACAUGA